GUUGGCUGUUUGCUCUCAGAGCUGCUGCUGCUGGAAUGUUUGCUGAGCGUCACAUCCGUCAGAAGGGUUUUUUCCCUGGUCCAGGAAGUUCUCAGCUCUGAAGUUGAGGAACUCUGUAGUUUGGAGCUGGACUCUUCGUCUGAUGGUCGCCUGAUAGUUCAUUAAUCAGCGUCUGAGUGAAGAUGGACGAGUGGACAACCUCAAAACUUCGCCUUUCAGCCCGAGACUGAUAUCUCCUCCCAGACGGACUUGUGGAAGAGAAGCUGGACGAGAUGCUGCUGGUCAGGGUACUGCUGCUUGCGCUGUGCUUCUGGACGGGGCGCUGCGUUUACACAAUCCGCCUGAAGAGCUUCUCUCUGGGGGGCUUUAGCUCCUCUGCGCUGCAGCUGCAGCUCGGUGCUUUACAACGGAACCAGACGGCGUCCGGGAGCGGCCUGUCUUUGGCGUCUGAUCCAUCCGGAUCUGUCAACUUCUUAGACAUGGUCAACAACCUGAGAGGAGACUCUGGUAGAGGGUAUUACAUGGAGAUGGUCAUCGGGACGCCAGGGCAGAAGCUGAACAUCCUGGUGGACACUGGAAGCAGCAACUUCGCAGUGGCUGCAGCUUCGCAUCCCUACGUCACAACUUACUUCAACAGAGCACUCUCCAGCACCUACCGGACCAGUGGGCGUGCUGUGGCGGUCCGGUACACACAGGGGAACUGGGAGGGGGAGCUGGGCACUGACAUAAUCACCAUCCCUCAGGGUCCCAACGGCACCAUCAAGAUCAACAUCGCUGCCAUACUGACCUCCGACGGCUUCUUUCUGCCCGGCAUCAACUGGCAGGGCAUCCUGGGGCUGGCGUACCCAUUACUGGCUCGGCCAGACCCGUCUGUGGAGCCCUUCUUCAACUCCCUGGUGCAGCAGACCGGCAUCCCAGACGUCUUCUCUCUCCAGAUGUGCGGAGCAGGAGUCUCUGUCAGCGCUACAUCCGAGCCAGCAGGGGGCAGUCUGAUAAUGGGAGGCAUUGAACCAACGCUGUACCAGGGCUCGGUGUGGUACACUCCAGUCCUGCAGGAGUGGUACUACCAAGUUGAGGUCCUGAAACUGGAAGUUGGUGACCAAAAUUUAAACCUGGACUGCAGGGAGUACAACACGGAUAAAGCCAUUGUAGACAGCGGGACGACGCUGCUGCGACUGCCUGUGAAGGUGUUCGAUGCCGUAGUGGAGGCCAUCGCACAGAUGUCACUGAUCCAGGAUUUCUCCUCGGGUUUCUUCGCUGGCACCAAGCUAGCUUGCUGGGUAAAAGGAGAUUCCCCGUGGAGGUUCUUCCCCAAAAUCUCGAUCUACCUCAGAGCGACCAACACCAGCCAGGCCUUCCGUCUCACUGUUCUUCCACAGCUUUACAUCCAGCCGGUCACAGACGUGGACGGCACGCUGAACUGCUACCGAUUUGGCAUCUCCUCCUCCACCAACGGGCUGGUGAUUGGCGCCACAGUCAUGGAGGGCUUCUACGUCGUUUUUGACCAAGCCCACAAACGAGUGGGCUUUGCUGUGAGCACCUGCGCUGAGAGCGACGGGGUGCUGGUGGCAGAGAUAGCGGGGCCGUUCCCGGCGGACGGUGGCUGUAUAGGCAGUAACCCGCUGCAGGAGCCUCUGCUGUGGGUCAUCGCGUACGCUCUGAUGGGGCUGUGUGCGCUGGUGCUGCUUGUACUGCUGAUCCUGCUGCUGGUGCCCUGCCGCCGCUGGCAGCGAGACGAAGAGAUCACAGACCAGUCCUCGCUCGUACGCCAUCGCAUCAAAUGAUGUCAGGCCACGGCCUCGGCCCGAGUGGGACUGAACGGGCCUCGGGCCGGGGGGGCGGACGCACCGCGCUCUUCUGGUUGAAAUCAGGUGGACUUUUUGUAGAUGUCAGAAGCUUCAGCCUCUGUUAGCACUGACUGCUUGGUCACUCCUCAUAAUCACAACUGACGCAAUAAAGGCAUGAAAGGUUUUUCUUAACCCCUUAAACCCUGAAGGCCUGCACACUUAAAGGAACCCUCCAAGAGUUCGCAACUUAACCUGUCUGUCACAUCUGCAGUUUACAGUUAAAUACGGCAGAAUGAACUCUAAACAUCUGCCCACUGGCUUCUGUUACACCACAGUCCGUUUCAACCUCGCAGUGUGAUUGGCUGAGAGGCACUCUGGGUGCCAGUAUCUCCUAGUAAUGACCAGAUCUCUUCAAGGCUGGCUUUACAUGAUGAAACUCAUUGCAUUACGCUUAAUUGCGAGAGUUGUAUAAUGUAAAGCCUGCAGCUCAACUGAAACUCACUCGCAAAAGUUUCGUCUCAACUUUUGAAAAGUUUCAUGAAACAGCCAAUCAAAAUUCACCAGAUCAGCACAUUUGUUUACCCGUAAAUGUACAUAGAGCUUCAUUUGGGUUCCAAAGAUAUGGAAUUACUACAGAACAGGAGACUGAGACUUCGUCCCCGAUGAACUCUGAGUGCUUCUAGGCCAGGAUAAGCGACGUUGGGUGGGUAAUAUGGCAAAAAUUAUUACAUCACGAUACACAAUAAGCAUCACAAUAUCAGUUUUUCUGAGGGUUGAUCAUUUGGAACAGACACAGAAGCACAAUGAACGACACAUGCAGGGCUUUUAUUUCACUCACUGCACUAAAUCUAAUUAAACAGAAUUACACUUGCACUGCAUGUAUGUACAGAAAUGCAUCUUGUAACAUAAUGUGAUGUAAUUUAUCACCAUAAUGAUUAGUCAUACUGCCCACCACAUCUGGCUGAUGUUGCACUAUAAAGAUGUAGUGAUUAAACCUGCUGCCUUUUAUCAAAACCCAGUAAACUAGCCAAAAAUGGGAGGAAAACUGACCUACACUGCAAAAACUGCACUAGCAUCUUGUCCAGUAAAAUUAUCUUGAAUAUAGUCGAUAAAUCUAAUAUAAUUUUUUAAAAGUAAUUUUAUUUUAUCGUAUAAGUAAUUUUAUGAAGUAAAAUUAUCUCACUAUGUUGGCAGAUAAUUUAGCUUGUUGUAAGAAAUGUGCGUGAAAUCAGUUAU